GGCCAUAGAAUUGCUGCCUGACACUGGCCCGGGGCAGGGGCGCCGCAGCCUGCUCCUUCUGGCCUCUGUCAGGAGGAACUCUGCCCCCCCAGCCCCACCUCUGCCUCAAGGGGUGGCAGGAGCCUCUUUGAAAGCCCUCAAAAGCCUCUUUAUGCGUUCUGUGACCCUCCCUUCCUUGGAGAGCUACUGGGGAGUGGGCUCUCUAUGCCUUUUCUCCACCUCCUCCACUCUCUCUUUUGAAUUUUGGACAAAGUUCAGGCCAAGUUUGUUCCUGUUGCUCAGUUUCAUUUCCCAAAUUGCUUGCUGGGGUCCGAUCUGAUGAGGGGGUGUUCCAGGCCAGCAGGGUCUGUCCAAGCCAUUCUCAACCUUCCAGCCCAAUCAACUGCCUGCCACUUUUGAGGAUUUCCUGGUGCCUGGGGUAGGGCUGGGCUGAUAACUGCUAGAUAAAUGUCAGAACUGAGCAUAUCUGACUUUUGAAGUGGAAGAAUGAAUUGUAAGGAACAAGGGAGGUGUUGAGUAGAAAAUAUUUGAAAGAUAGCUCCUGAGAGACAAGAGGGGACCCAAAAGCGGGUUGCCACUGAGACUACUUCCCCAACAAUGUUUUAGAGCAAAAUCUCGAGGUGGGCACAAACUCACCAGCUGAGUACAACAUGGUCAAACUGUGAUUAACCAAUCAGAUUACAAGUAUAACCACUUCCAUAAGAUUGAUCCAAAAGAGAAGCUGAUCACAUAGCAAGAACACAUGGAAAGAACAGAAGCAUUUUGAGAAGGGAUGAUUCCAGAUGCUUUGGUCACCCAUGUGGGUGACUGAUCUCUAACUGGACUUUACUGGACCAAGUGGUGCCUGUUACAGUGUAAUUCCAAAUUACUGCUUAUCCCUUAGGGGAGGUGUUGGAUGCAUCUCUAUCUUGAGACCUGGUCUUCAGAUGUGCCUCUGGCUACAAUUCUCAUGUCUUUGUUUUGUUGCUGUUGUUGACUUCCUUGACAGCCCUGUCCCUCUCUGACUGUGUAUUAAUUUCUAUCAAACGUAGCUGCCUAUAUAGUAGAAGGAUAGCUCAGAUCUUUUCCCAUCUCUUACACAUCUACUCUCCCAUCCAUUCAUUCAUUAGACUAACAUGUCCCUGGUCCUCGUACUUACUGGGGCUGGUGCCCAAGGCCUGCCCUGGGGAUGCUAUGUGUUGGGGUAUCUGGAGCUGGGCAGAUACAGCCAGUUUCCCUGACUUUGCUCAGGGCCCUUGGUCUCUUUAGGCUCCAGGGUCGGAGGAAGAAUAGUCCAGGGUGCAGCCCCAGGAAAGUUCCCAGAGAGGUUGGGAAGUUGAGAGGAGCUUGCUCUCCUAGGAGGCUGCCACUCUUCUCCUUAACUUUCCUGGAGGUCAGCCCCUCCACUUCCCUCCUCUUCCUGCCCCCUCCUCUCCAGGUGAGCAUUCCUGGCGGCUCUCCUGGUUGAUCUUCUGUUUGCCAGCUGCCCAGAGUACUCCAGGAGCUGCAGGGGCAGGAGGAUUUGAGUCUGAAGCAGCUCUGAGAUCAGAGUGGGAAUACUGAGAGUUAGACUCUGUCCCCUGGGCCAUUGCCUGCUCCAGAAGCCAGGGGAACUCCCCAGACCUAGAGCAGUGGAGUGGCUACCCAGUGAUCUGUCACUUUCAAGCUUGGAUGAGAAGUGUGCCCUAGGUCUUAGGAACAGUUAUGGCCAGGCCAGUGGCACACACCACUUCUUGUUUGAGGCUUUCUGAGCCUGGGGACCAGGCAGGGUCUGAUAUUUCUCAUGGUGCCCAGGAAGAAGGCGUUUCGGGGAAUGGCUGGCCAGGUGGCUGGAGUUGGCAUUGUGGGAGUCCUCUCCUGCCCAGGGGACCUGAAAUAGGAAGUGGAGAAGACUGAGGCAUGGAGAUAAGAUAAGAGGGAAUUCCACAGGACUCCAGUGAUGAGAUGUGUUCCCACUGAGAUGCUGCAUGGCAACAGGUGUUUAGCGCAAGCUGAGACACUGGACCUGCACCAGAGGGCUGAUGGCAAUGGAUGCCUGGCCAAAUCCUAGGCCUUUGGCGACAGCAAGAAGAAGAGGCCUCAGCAGCAGCGUCUGGAGCAGAGCUGAGACAAGGCCAUCGUGGAGCUCAUGCCCCUGACCGGCCCCCAGAGCCUGAGUUGCCCGGUCCACCAUGGUCCAGAGGCUGUCGGGGAGCCGCCUACUGCGGCAUCGCAAGACCCAGCUCCUGCUAGUCAACCUGCUGACCUUUGGCUUGGAGGUGUGCCUGGCUGCAGGCAUCACCUACGUACCCCCCCUGCUGCUGGAAGUGGGGGUAGAAGAGAGGUUCAUGACCAUGGUGCUGGGCAUCGGGCCAGUGCUGGGCCUGGUCUCUGUCCCACUCCUGGGCUCAGCCAGUGACCAGUGGCGUGGACGCUAUGGCCGCCGGAGGCCCUUCAUCUGGGCCCUCUCCCUGGGCGUCCUGCUCAGCCUCUUCCUCAUCCCGAGGGCUGGCUGGCUGGCGGGGCUGCUGUGCCCAGAUGCCAGGCCCCUGGAGCUGGCUCUGCUGAUUCUGGGCGUCGGGUUGCUGGACUUCUGUGGCCAGGUGUGCUUCACACCUCUGGAGGCCUUGCUGUCCGACCUCUUCCGGGACCCAGACCACUGCCGCCAGGCCUUCUCUGUCUACGCCUUCAUGAUCAGCCUGGGGGGCUGCCUGGGCUAUCUCCUGCCCGCCAUUGACUGGGAUGCCAGUGCCCUCGCCCCCUACCUGGGCACCCAGGAAGAGUGCCUCUUUGGCCUCCUCACACUCAUCUUCCUUACCUGCAUGGCAGCCACACUCUUUGUGGCCGAAGAGGCGGUGCUGGGCCCGGCUGAGGCAGUGGAAGGCCUGUCGGUGUCCUCUGUGUCAACACACUGCUGUCCAUGCCGGACCCGCCUGGCCUUCCAGAGCCUGGACGCCCUAUUUCCUCGCCUGCACCAGCUCUGCUGCCACAUGCCCCGUGCGCUGCAGCGACUCUUUGUGGCUGAGCUAUGUAGCUGGAUGGCACUCAUGACCUUCACACUGUUUUACACGGACUUCGUGGGCGAGGGACUGUACCAGGGUGUGCCCAGAGCUGAGCCAGGCACAGAGGCCCGGAGACAUUAUGACGAAGGUGUGCGCAUGGGCAGCCUGGGACUCUUCCUGCAGUGCGCCAUCUCCCUGCUCUUCUCCCUCAUCAUGGACCGGCUGGUGCAGCGAUUUGGCACCAGGGCCGUCUACCUAGCCAGCGUGGUCGCUUUCCCUGUGGCCACUGGUGCCACGUGCCUGUCCCGUAAUGUGGCUGUGGUGACAGCCUCGGCUGCCCUCACUGGCUUCACCUUCUCGGCCCUGCAGAUCCUGCCCUACACACUGGCCUCCCUCUACCACCGAGAGAAGCAGGUUUUCCUGCCCAAAUACCGAGGGGACCCUGGAGGUGGUGGCAGUGAAGACGGCCUUGUAACCAGCUUUCUGCUGUCGGGAGCACCCUUCCCCAAUGGACAUGUGGGUGCUGGCGCCAGCCUGCUCCCUGCCCCAGCUGCACUGUGUGGGGCCUCAGCCUGUGACGUCUCUGUUCGAGUGGUGGUGGGCGAGCCAAGUGAGGCCAGGGUUGUCCCAGGUCGGGGCAUCUGCCUGGACCUCGCCAUUCUGGACAGCGCCUUCCUGCUGUCCCAGGUGGCCCCGUCGCUGUUUAUGGGCUCCAUCGUCCAGCUCAGCCAAUCUGUCACUGCCUAUAUGGUGUCGGCCACAGGCUUGGGUCUCGUGGCCAUUUACUUUGCUACACGGGUAGUAUUUGACAAAAGUGACUUGGCCAAAUAUUCAGUGUAGAUCGAUGGAUCUCAGAACUCUGAGGGAGGCCCUGCCUCAGUGGGUCCCAGCUCUCUGGUGGGUGGGGUUACCGGACCUCCCUGCCACCAAAGUGAUGUGGCUCUCUGCUGCCACCCUGUGGCGAUAUGGUGCAUAGCCUCACAGCUGGGCGCUGAGGCAUCCCAAGCGCCUUGCCGGUCUCAAGGGCUCUCUAGAGCAGGCUGGCAGGCGGGCUGGGAGCCAGAGGGCAGGGCAUGAUUAGCUCCAUGCACUGGAAUGCAGGACUCUGUAGGUGAGUCACCCAGGCUCAGGGUAGGCUGCCAGCACCUAGUUGAGAUACCCUCAGAAAAGGUGACAAUGCACUCAGCCAGCUGGCCUCCCACCUCCAAGCCCCCUCAUCCUGCAGCCACCAAGUGUGGCUCUUGCUUGGGAGUUUCUGGUUGAAACUGCACUAUGGGAUUAGAAAGGAUGGAAGCUAUUAGUAGGAAGUCCUAAGGGCUAGGUGAUAUCAUGUAACACACAGCACUGCCUCUCUGCUGAUUCCCCUGCCUCCACCUGUUAUUAGGACAUGGCUGGGGGUCCCUAGGUUGCCAUCAGGGGGACACAGGACCUUAAGUAUUUAAUUUAUUUAUUUAACAAAGUAGAAGGGAAGAAAAUCCAUUUCUAGCCCUUCUGUGUUGGUAUCUAGGAGUUGGCUAGAAUGAGAUCCUCAGUAACUGGGCCCCCCAGUACUGAUCACUGCUAGAAUCCCCUGCUGGGGUGACUGGUCUGGCCCCUAAACAACCUAAACCAGGACCUGGAAGCUCUGCUUAUCUGAGUUGAUACCCAGAUGUCCUUACCCAGACCUGGGGAGUCAUGGGUAAGUGGAGUAGACCCCAGGUGUCCCUAAUCUCUUCUCCCCCAGCCUGACUCUACUGGUUCCCCUCCGCUCCCAGAGGCUGGGCUGACAAAGAAUGACACUGCCCACUGCCCUUCCCCCUCCACCCCUGCUCUCCCCACCAGCUCCAAGGCCUGUUUGGGGCAUUGCAGGACCAGAAGCACAAGUGUGAUUCCUUGAGCCUUUGACCAUUUAGCCCCCGGGGCGUAUCUGUACUCGUUAAUCUCACAGCAACUCAGGAGACCCCUGCCUGACCGAGGAGCUCUGACUGCUCUCGCUUGGGGUUAAGUGCCGUUUGCAAUAAUAAUGUUAUGUCUUAUUUAUUUAGCGGAGUAAAUAUUUUAUACUGUAUAUGAGCAAUCAGAGUAUAAUGUUUAUGGUGAUGAAAUUAAAGGCUUCUUAUAUGUUUAA